CAGCAGGUGAGACUCUCCGACCCCAUCUCCUCAGCUUCCUGGGCUACGGACUCCUGCCCCGGGCAUCCUGCCCCUCCGCCUGACCCCGGCCCCUCCUGUGCCUCCUGUCUGGGCCCCGGCCUGCUGGGGCUUGGCCUUGGUUCUCCCCAUGACACGACCUGGACGUCUCCGCCUCCCGAGGGUGCGCAGCAGCCCUCGCCUCCUCCUUCUGGGGAUGCUGCUGGACCUGCUGUCUGGGGCCCAGGGGCUCCCUGGUGUUGGCCGCCCUCCCUCUGCGUCUCAGGCUGCCCAUCAACACUUCACCCAAGGCACCCUCAAACCUGCUGCUCAUCUCGUUGGAGAUCCCAGCAUCCAGAACUCACUGCGCUGGAGAGCAAACACAGAUCAUGCCUUCCUCCACCAUGGCUUCUCUUUGAGCAACAAUUCCCUCCUGGUCCCCACCAGUGGCCUCUACUUUGUCUACUCCCAGGUGGUCUUCUCCGGGAAAGGCUGCUCCCCCAAGGCCACCACUGCUCCUCUCUACCUAGCCCACGAGAUCCAGCUGUUCUCCUCCCGGUACCCCUUCCACGUGCCUCUCCUCAGUGCCCAGAAGUCCGUGUGCCCAGGGCCGCAGGGCCCUUGGGUGCGCUCAGUGUACCAGGGGGCUGUGUUCCUGCUCACCCAGGGAGACCAGCUGUCCACACAUACAGAUGGCAUCUCCCACCUAUUCCUCAGCCCCAGUAGCGUCUUCUUUGGAGCCUUCGCUCUGUAGAACUUAGAAAAAUCAAAAAAGAAAAAACAAUUAGUUUCAAGGCCUACUCCCUAUUUUGCCUCCAUUCUGACAGUUUCAAGGGUCACCACCAUCUCUCCUUUGAUCAUUCCAACAGUCUCAAUUCUUUCCCUACUCACAUCACCUGGAGCUUCCAAAGAAGGCAUUCUAAGCACCCCAGGGGACCACACCUUCCUGAACCACCCCGGAUGCUUGGCUGAGGAUUUCACACCUGCCUAGAAAUUCCCAGCCCAGAUCUGUCUGUCUGUCCUGCCAAUCUAGAUGGGAGCCUAGAUCCGGACAUGGAGGAGGAGCUUGGGUGAAUGACUGGAGGCAGGGAGGGGGGAUUAUUUAUGAAGGCAAAAAAAAAAAAAAAAUUAAGUUAUUUAUUUAUGGAGGAUGGAUAGAGAGAAAUAGUAGAGGGACAUUAGAAGAGAAAGAAAUAAACAGACCCAAGAGAUAAGGAGUGAGGGGGUGUCAGCACUAGAUUGACCUAGAGAGAGAGAGAAAAAGUACGUCUGAGGGACCAAGGGGCUCUAAAGGAAGUGAAAGACUCUUAAGAGUCAGCCGCUGCUUGACUUGACACCCCAUGAGGAGAGAUCCGUGCCCUCAACAAAGCCAAUAAACUUUUUUUCUCUGAAA